CUCCUCUCACUCUCACACCAUCCUCCUCCUCGAUUUCAAACCCUAGAUCGAAUCUCUCUUUCUCUCUCUCAUCCCUGUGUUGUUGUUGCAGUUAGAAGAGCGAUGGCGUUAGCAUCCACCACGUUGCCAACGAAGAGCGGACUGUCUCUUUGGUGUCCCACUUCUCCAUCUCUCGCUCGCCGUCUCCCCGCUCGGUUUUCCCCGAUUGGUUCCAGAAUCGCUUCCAGAGGCCUCGUCACCGCUUCCUUCGCCAACGAAAAUCGCGAGUAUGUGAUAAUUGGGGGAGGAAAUGCAGCGGGUUAUGCAGCUAGGACUUUUGUAGAAAAUGGAUUGGCUGAUGGUCGCCUUUGUAUUGUCACCAAAGAGGCUUACGCACCUUAUGAGAGACCUGCUUUGACAAAAGCUUACUUGUUCCCUCCUGAGAAGAAGCCUGCUCGUUUACCUGGCUUUCACACUUGUGUUGGAGGUGGUGGAGAGAGGCAAACACCUGAUUGGUACAAGGAGAAAGGGAUUGAGAUGAUAUAUGAAGAUCCAGUGACUGCAGCUGAUUUUGAAAAGCGAACUCUCACAACAAACACUGGGAAGCAGUUAAGAUACGGAUCCCUGAUUAUCGCUACAGGGUGUACAGCCUCAAGGUUUCCAGAUAAGAUUGGUGGGAACUUGCCUGGCGUUCAUUAUAUCCGGGAGGUUGCAGAUGCUGAUUCGCUAAUAUCAUCUCUGGGAAAGUCAAAGAAAAUUGUCGUUGUUGGUGGUGGCUACAUCGGCAUGGAGGUUGCUGCUGCAGCUGUUGCAUGGAACCUAGAUACAACGAUUGUAUUCCCCGAAGAUCAGCUUUUGCAAAGAUUAUUCACUCCUUCACUUGCUCAGAGAUAUGAAGAUCUCUACCGUCAAAAUGGUGUUAAGUUUGUCAAGGGCGCUUCCAUAAAUAACUUGGAAGCUGGUUCUGACGGACGUGUAACAGCUGUUAAACUUGCUGAUGGAUCUACAAUUGAGGCAGACACGGUUGUGAUCGGAAUUGGAGCUAAGCCUGCUAUUGGCCCCUUUGAAACUUUGGCCAUGAACAAAUCUAUUGGAGGAAUUCAGGUUGAUGGCUUGUUCAGGACAAGUACCCCUGGAAUUUUCGCUAUUGGAGAUGUGGCAGCCUUCCCUUUGAAGAUAUAUGAUCGGAUGACCCGAGUUGAGCAUGUCGAUCACGCCCGCCGUUCUGCACAACACUGCGUGAAAUCUCUGCUCACUGCACACACUGACACGUACGAUUAUCUCCCGUAUUUCUACUCAAGAGUAUUCGAGUAUGAAGGCAGCUCUAGAAAAGUUUGGUGGCAGUUUUAUGGGGAUAAUGUGGGAGAAGCAGUUGAGGUUGGCAACUUCGACCCGAAAAUCGCCACCUUCUGGAUUGAAUCUGGCAGGUUGAAAGGUGUACUUGUGGAAAGUGGUUCUCCCGAGGAGUUUCAGCUUCUCCCAAAGCUAGCAAGAAGCCAACCAAUUGUCGACAAGGCUAAACUGGCCAGCGCAUCUUCAGUGGAAGAAGCCCUCCAGAUUGCUGAAGCCGCUCUACAGAGUUAGAGAUGGUUGAUGGAUUUUAUAGCUUUCGGUUUCUGAGAAAAGCAAGUAACAUCUUUAUUCUCGGUGAGAGUAUUCAUCUUUCCAUGAAAAUGUUUUAUAGAGAGCACUCUUGUCAAUUAUCCUCACGAAUAAGUUAUUGCCUCUUUUUGAGAAAUCAUAUUUUGCUCCAUAAAUUCAUAUGAUAGUAGUCUUGACUUCUAGCAAGUCACUGCUGUAGAUGAACUUUAUCAUCUCUUUGUAAGAAUAUUCUUCUAUUAAACAAAUAAGCUCUGCUUUACUUUCAGCCAAAAGCCCGUUUUUCUGCAAGGUAUAUUAUCUUCUUUCCCAGUUUAAUGCUUCUUCAGAGAAUACUUGUCUCGCCAUCAAAUAAGCCUUUUUCUUCUUAAGAGUAGCAGAUCUUCUAUGCAAUUCUUUAGCUAUCAUUAGUGAUAGCCCAACCUUACUGUCAUCGCCCCAUGCUGAAUGCUCAGUCACCAUCUUGAGAGUACCGACUGAGUAAUCAGGCAGUUGAAAGCGAAGGCAAAAUCAGAGAGUACUGAUGAAUUGCUCAUUAUACA